AUGGAUGACUAUAAGCGCCUCCUGAGUGACUUCGAAGAAGCACGUGAAGCUCGGGAGAAGUACAAGCAAUUAGCGAGAGGUUCCGAGGCAAAUCCUUUCGCAUUGGUCCUAGUCGACGGCGACGGCUACCUGUUCGAAGACGACCUUGUACGAGAUGGCAGGGAAGACGGCGGCUCCAGAGCUGCCAGUCUACUGAAUGACUUCGUAAAGGCCAGUCUGCGCAGCCUCGGUUUGGAAAACUGCAGAGUUAUGGUAAGUCCGGUAUACCAUCUCUGGAAGCUGGGUCCUUUUCCCGGGAAGCUUUGCAGAGACCGAGGCAGUAGGGAGAUCGAAAGACCCAAACCUUGGUUCGAAAUUGUCGGGGAUCUCAGCAACGGCUUUACGGUGUUUCAAGCCCAAGAACGAGCUAAUCCGUACAUUCCUAGGUUCGUGUCUAUAUGAACCUCGCAGGCCUUUCGAAAGCGAUGUCACAAGCAAAGAUUCCGAACGUCGGGGCGGAAAAGCGCUCCCUGGCCCCGUUUGUUGCCAACUUCAACAGAUCCAGCGACUUAUUCGAUAUCGUAGACGCUGGCGAGCUGAAGGAAAAUGCGGACUUCAAGAUACGAGCCAUGUUUCGCCAGUUCGUCGAGGCAAGUCAUCCCCGCUUUAACCUGGGUCUCUGAGCCAAUAGCCAGGCUCUCACGCCCGGUCGCUAGCCCACCAGUUUCUGAGAUAGGCGCUGACACCUUCCGCAGAACUCUCAGUGCAAGCAUAUCUACUUCGCGGCCUGCCACGAUGUGGGUUACAUUUCGGAACUGGUGCCCUACCGUGCGAACCGUGACAGAAUUACGUUGGUUCGAUCGAACGGAUUUCACCCGGAAUUUCACAAAUUAGGUUUCCGCACCGAAGACUUCCCACGCGUUUUCAGAACUACAGGACUGUUCUCCGGCGGCGCACCGUCUGUCGACAGAGCCAUCGCGCAGCCCGUCCAACCCACCAAUACGCCCUCAAUUGAGAGUGGUAUCUGUACCUUCUACCCGCAUGGGUUGUGCAAGUAUGGCAAAGGCUGCAAGUUUCUGCACAUAGAUCAAAAUGAGGAUGGGUUUGGCCCCGGGGCAUCCUCCUGGCGCAAAUCAACAGCCUCACUCAACAAAUCAUCUAAUCCAUUCAACACGUCCAGCCCGACCAAGAGCAACAACGACUUUAUGAACGGCCACAAGAGUAACCUGAGCCUGGACGGGUACGACCUCAGCAUUUUACUCCCGAAAGAGAAGGGCGUUCCGCCUACCAAGAUUCCUGUCAAUAAGGAUCAGGAGCGGAUUGAUUACUACAUACCACUGCCUUCUCCGGAAAGCAGAGCGUUGUUCAAAGCACGGAUCGCAAAGGCAAAGCUUUGCAAUAGCUUGCACAUUCUCGGAUCCUGCAUCAACGUCGAUUGCCAGUAUGACCACAACACAAUUACCGAGGGCAUCAGGAGUUGUCUCCGUCAAGUAAGUCAGAGUCAACCUUGUCCACGCCGCGGUGCUUGCAGAUCCACGAAGUGCGCUAGCGGUCAUAUUUGCCAGAAGGAUGAUUGCAAGUAUCGAGGCGGUAAAGCCUUCUGCAAGUUUCCCGUCACAAUGCAUAUGAUGGACUUGAACGUGGCGGACUACAUCGCCAUUGAUGAGGCCAGCAUUGGCGAGAACGAAUCCGGACAAAUGUCGCCUGCGCUAAGUAUGAGCGAGGCUGACGAAAACCGCCCUGGAGUACCUCUCAGCGGCUCGGAUGAAUCGCUCGACUAG